UCUCUCUUCUCUACCUCUAUCGCCUGGCCGGCCUCUCCUUUCUUUCUUCCUUCCUUCCUUUCUGCCCCGCCCCUUUUUCCCAGCCUCCUUUGCGCUUCUUCCUUUGAGUCGCUUGGAGGGGGGGGAGAGAGAGCGCGAGAGAAGCCGCCCCUCGGAGGCCCCCACGAUGACCACCCUGGACGACAAGCUGCUGGGGGAGAAACUCCAGUACUACUACAGCAGCAGCGACGAGGAGGACAGCGAGAAGGACGACAACGAGGAGUCCCCCCCAGGUCACGAUGUGGCUAUGCCGGAAGAGGUGGCCCUGAGCGCCGAUGGCAGCGCCAUAAACACAGGCCCUAAAGGGGUGAUCAAUGACUGGAGGAGGUUCAAACAGCUGGAGACGGAGCAGCGGGAGGAACAAUGCCGGGAGAUGGAGAGACUGAUCAAGAAGCUCUCCAUGACCUGCCAGUCACACCUGGAUGAAGAGAAGGACAAGCAGAAGCAGAAGGAGCUGCAGGAGAAGCUGAACGACAAGCUGGCGCUGCACCAGGAAGCAGACGACGAGGAGUUCCUGCAGCAAUACCGCAAGCAGCGCAUGGAGGAAAUGCGCCAGCAGCUGCACCCCGGCCAGCAGUUCAAGCAGGUCUUUGAGAUCCAGAGCGGGGAGGCCUUCCUAGACACGGUGGACAGAGGCAACAAGAAGACGCUGGUGAUGAUCCACAUCUACGAGGAUCACCUCCCCGGGUCCGAAGCCCUGGACGGCUGCAUGCUCUGCCUGGCCGCCGAGUACCCCACGGUGAAGUUCUGCCGGGUGCGCAGCUCCCUGAUCGGCACCAGCUCCCGCUUCACCGGCAACGCCUUGCCGGCCCUGCUGGUCUACAAGGGCGGGGAGCUGAUCGGCAACUUCGUCCGCAUCACCGACCAGCUGGGCGAAGACUUCUUCGCCGCGGACUUGGAAGCCUUCCUGCAAGAGUUCAGUCUGCUGCCGGAGAAGGACGUGGUGCUCUACACCUCCAUUUGCAGCGCUGCCGCCUGCUACGGCGAAGACAGCGACUUGGAGAUAGACUGAGGGACGCCAGAGCGCUGGGGCCCUUGGUCCCCCUCCCUCUGGGGCCCCUGGCUAGUUUGUAAUGGGUAGUUGGUCACCUCGGAGCCCCCCCCCCCAAAAAAACCCAUCUGGCUGCUUCUUUGGUGGGGGGUCUAGGACAGGGGGAGGCAACCUUGGCUCUUUUAUGACUGGUGGACUUCAACUCCCAGAAUUCCCGAGCCAGUCACGCUGAGGGGAAAGGGAGAGAUUUCCAAGCUGAGCCAGGCUGGCUCAGGAAUUCUGGGAGUUGAAGUCCACGAGUCCUAAAAGAGCCAAGGUUCCCCACCCCUGAUCUAGAUCAUGAUUUGAUGAGUUUAGAUCAGGAGUGGGCAACCUUGGCUCUUUUAUGACUUGUGGACCAACUCCCACAAUUCCUGAGCCAGCCAUGCUGAGGGGAAAGGGAGAGGUUUCCAAGCUGAGCCAUGGCUGGCUCAGGAAUUCUGGGAGUUGAAGUCCACGCGUCAUAAAAGAGCCAAGGUUGCCCACCCCUGGUCUAGGACAAUUUGCCGUGGCCAAAACUCACCACGGACAACUCGCUGAAGAUGAAGCGGGAGGAAACGUGAAUGGCCAAAGUUCAAAUCAUUUUUAUUGAUUUCAAAUAAUGAAAUAGACGGGUUAAAUUGUCCUACGAUGGGUUGUCCCGCAGCGAGUUCGCCGUGGCGAGUGGUCCCAUGCCCCUUUUUGGUGGCGCCUCUGAAGCCUGCCCUGCACCUGGGCCCUGCGUAGUUUCAGAAAUAGGUCUUCUGUUUUUUUUUAGUCCCAUCACUGUCACCACCCAAAGCCUUGGCCUGUGGGCCGUGGGUCAGCCCCAGAGCUUUCCUUGCAGAGGGGGGGGGGCAUCUCAUCUUUUGCUUGACUUGACAGUGAUGGACAGGACGUGGAGGUCUCUGGAAUUGCUUUGGGUGGUGGCCGCUCCCAGCCUGGUUACCUUUUCCGUCCCACGAAGAGGUUUUUUUUUUUGGAACUGUCGGUCUUCACCUCUCCGAAUAUGGCUGUCCUGGGGAGGGGUCUCACCCUCUCCUUCCCCCCCCCCCCUCCCCUCAUGUGCAGAUUGACUGUUGACGCUUUCUUCACGCCUUGCAAGAACUUAAAACGUUUUCUUCAUGCAAUAAAAGAUUAAAACCCGAA